CAAAAAGACAAGAGAAAAUCGGCGCGAAUGAAGAAAAACAUUAAAAAAUUGUAAUUUUUCGUCUAAUUUUGACGAUGACAACUUUUAAGACUGCUUUUGACUUGUUCAAAGAUAAAUUGCCUAAAAUCGGAUUUCAAGUUCCUUCUAUCGAUUCGAUGCUCUGUGGAGGACUUAGACUUCGAGGAAUUACAGAAAUUGCGGGCGAAGCAGGGAGCGGAAAGUCACAAUUGGCGAUGAAUUUGUGUCUGACGACGCAGUUACCGUUGGAAAUGGGCGGAAUUGGCACGAAAUCGUUGUAUAUUAGCACUGAAGGGCCUUUGGCGACUGAAAGACUUUUGCGGAUGGCACGAACGUUAAUCGAAAAACACGAAUUGAAUGUAACAGCAACACAGAUGAUGGAUAAUGUGAUUUAUAUUAGUGUGAUGGAAUAUGACGAUCUCUACAACCUCAUCGUCAACCGUCUCGAAAGACUUCUUGAAACCGAACCCGUUGGUCUCGUCAUAAUCGAUUCCAUUGCCGCCAUUUUUCGAAUCGAGGAGCGAUAUGCCGAACGAUCGCAGGAUUUACGAUCUCUUGUCGUCACUUUGCAGCAUUUGGGCAAAAAAUAUGACUUUGCCACAGUUUGCAUCAAUCAAGUGCGAAACGACCUGGAAUCCGAAGAAGUUGGACCAACGUUGGGCCUUUCAUGGGCAAAUUUGGUAACGACUCGAUUGCAAAUUUACAAGCAACCAAGUAUGAAGCAAGGAGACACCGUGCUAAGACAAAAACGCGUUUUACGUGUGAUUUGGGCGCCAAAUUUACGAAAAAAUGACGAAGCAACGUUUUAUAUAAAUGAAAAUGGGAUUUUGUGAUAAAAUUUUUGGGAGUAUAGAAGAAAUUUUUGCUCUUAGAGAAAAAAUUGACACCUAAAAGUAUGCAAUGAAAAUCAUAUAAAAAAUAAUUUUGUGAUUUUUGGAGGUAUGCAAUGUACAUCGCACCCAUAUUUCUUGAUUUUCCCUGAAUUUUCUCAGAGAUUUUCUAAUUUUUUCUUUAGCAAAACCUUCUGAAAGUCAAAAUGAACAAAUUUUAAAAAUCCCCAAAGAGAUUCUUGAAGCAGAAUUUGAGAUAUUGCGUUACAAA